AUGGUCAACUCCUGUUGUGGCUCCGUCUGCUCUGACCAGGGCUGUGGCCAAGGCUGCUGCCAGGAGACCUGCUGCCGCCCCAGCUGCUGUGUGUCCAGCUGCUGCCGCCCCAGCUGCUGCGGGUCCAGCUGCUGCAGGCCCACCUGCUGCAUCUCCAGCUGCUGCCGCCCCAGCUGCUGUGGUUCCAGCUGCUGCCGCCCCUCCUGCUGUGGUUCCAGCUGCUGCAGGCCCACCUGCUGCAUCUCCAGCUGCUGCCGCCCCUCCUGCUGUGGUUCCAGCUGCUGUGGUAGCAGCUGCUGCCGCCCAUCCUGUUGCAUUUCUAGCUGCUGUCGCCCCUCCUGCUGUGGUUCCAGCGGCUGUGGCUCCAGCUGCUGUCGCCCCAGCUGCUGCCCCUGCUGCUGCCUCCGCCCCGUCUGUGGCCAGGUCUCCUGUCACACCAACUGCUAUCGCCCCACCUGUGUCAUCGCCACCUGCCCCCGCCCCAUGUGCUGCGCCUCCUCUUGCUGCUAA